CAUCGCAGGUACCCGGAUGUACCCGUGGGGCAAUUAGCUACGUCAUUGUUCACCGCCGGACACCCACUGGAAAUAAGGAAUGGAUUUACAACAGCUACUAACGUAUUCAUAACACAUCCCAGCAAUGAACAAUGACCAUAGUUGACAGAUCUUCAGAAAAGUCUGACCACGAGUCAGUAGGGUGUAAGCGAUCUCCCUUCACCAGCGGAGACGUGGGGAUGGACGGCAGCUGUUCCAGCAGCUGGGCGGUGGGUCCCACAAUGCCCAGUGACUCUCCGAGGCUGAAGGCUCCAGGAGGCUGCCUGGGCCCGACGCCCGGAGCUGUGGUCUACAACAGUACACCCUCUUCUGUGGACCGGCCCAAGGAGCAAGUGAUAAGCAGUGAUGACGGCAUUGACUUGCCGCAGAAGGUCCUCUUCGCUCCAGAGCGGCUCAACCUAAAGUGGACCCAGGUUCACCGCAUUGGCGCAGGCCUGCAGAACAUGGGGAACACCUGCUUUCUGAACUCAGCCCUGCAGUGUCUCACCUACACCCCUCCGUUUGCCAACUACAUGCUGACACGCGAGCACUCAAAGACAUGUCACGAGCCGGGGUUCUGUAUGAUGUGCACCAUGCAAAACCACAUCAUUCAGGUCUUUGCCAACUCUGGGAAUGUCAUUAAGCCCAUCGGUGUGCUCAAUGAGCUCAAAAGGAUUGCAAAGCACUUCCGCUAUGGAAGCCAGGAGGAUGCUCAUGAGUUCCUGCGGUACACAGUGGAUGCUAUGCAAAAGUCCUGCUUACCUGGAUCCAAAUUGGACAGGCAAACGCAGGCAACCACUUUCAUCCAUCAAGUAUUUGGCGGGUAUCUAAGGUCCAGAGUCAAAUGUUUAAACUGCAAAGCAGUCUCCGAUACAUUUGACCCUUUUCUGGAUAUCACUCUGGAAAUAAAGACGGCUCCCAGUGUCUCCAAGGCUCUGGAGCAGUUCGUCAAGCCAGAACAGCUGGAUGGAGAAAACGCCUACAAAUGCACCAAGUGCAAAAAAAUGGUCACGGCCUCAAAGAGAUUUACCAUCCACCGCAGCGCCAACGUGCUCACCCUCUCACUCAAACGCUUUGCGAACUUCAGCGGAGGCAAAAUCACAAAGGAUGUGAAAUAUCCAGAGUACCUGGACCUACGGCCCUUCAUGUCUCAGUCCCAAGGCGAGCCCCAGGCCUACGGGCUGUACGCCGUGCUGGUCCAUUCUGGAUUCAGCUGUCAUGCUGGACACUACUUCUGCUAUAUUAAGGCGAGCAAUGGGCAGUGGUAUCAGAUGAACGACUCCUCUGUGUCUGUCAGUGACAUCAGGUCUGUGCUCAACCAGCAGGCCUACGUCCUCUUCUACAUCAAGUCCAGCGAUAUGAAGAAAACAGGCGACUACAGCCACAUGAGCCAUAAUUCAGGCAUCCCUGGUCAGUCAUCUCCACGUCCGGUGGUGAUACCACGCAUUAACACCACCGUUCACCAUAACAACAUUGGCUUCAUAGGUCCCCAGCUGCCACCACACAUGACCAAGAGCGCUCUCCAUGUCAAUGGGAAUGGAUCUCUGAGGGACUAUCCCACUAACUCCAAGCCCAGCACCAGCAGCAGUGUUGUGGGAAAACCUAGCCAUGGACUGGCCUCUUCCUCUUCUUCCAUCUCCCACUCAAUCAGCCGACCCACAAUGCUCCCAGACCACGACAAACGCCAGAAGCUUUCAUUCUUCAUUGGACAAGGCAAACAGAACCGCCCAUCCUCCUCCUCCUCUUCCUCCUCCUCCUCCUCGUCCUCUUACAGCCAGCCGUCCUCUGCCAGCAGCAGCUCCUCCUCCAGCUCUUUAUCCUCCUCACAGUCUACCUCAGACGUCCACUCAGACAUUCGCUUUGUUCCACGUCAGAUUAACCACGUUAACGGCACGUCUUGCAGUAACGGCAAUCGCCACACUGGAGGGAACGGAGCGUCGUUCCUGGUGCCGUACGGCCAGGAGUCCUCAGAGGAAUCAGACCAGGAGAACACCGGUACUCUGGAUAACGGCUGUUUAGCAAAGUCUCACCUUAAUGGAAACAACAGAACGGGAGAAGUCUUUAAUAAAUCUGCUCAAGCCACCAACGGCGAGUCGGGAGUGCACCACAAUGGUAACGGAUUGAACGGACCAACAUAUGGCGUCUCUAAAUCCAGUCAGAACGGACACCAUUAUGGACACCACAAAGUGAAUGGACACAGCACCCCUGAUAAAAUCGCUGACAACAAUCACAGCAGUUCAUCCUCUGUAGCUACUAAUGGACUAGACAGUGACCACAGUCAAACAAGCGAAGAGACGCAUAAUUCUGCCUCGUCCCAGGCCACUUCUUCUCAGAGCGUCCACCCUCCUCCUGCCAGUGAAAGCCAGCACCUCUCCACUCCUGACACAAGGGCUAAAACUGUGUCUGAACCCCUGCCUCAGCAUACAGCAUCCUCCGCUGUUAGCUCUCUACCUUCCGCUACUGCUACAAAGACCCAUCCUGUCCCAUCUAGAGAAUCUGCUUCCUCUUCUGCCCAUCAUGGCAACGUCAAUGCGGCCUUAUCCACCCCGCCAGAAUGCUCCCAAGGCACCAAUGGGGCCUCCGCAGCUCCACAGAAGGUCAGCAGAGUUGAGGACGACGCAGUGGAUCAACCACAGACCAGUGCUCCGUCAGCAGGGACUGAAGGGCGUACAGGUGCUAAGGAGCAACACCAGUCUAAGCCCAGUCCUAAAGGCAAUGAAGGACAAUCUUCUCGAGACAGGGAGAGAGACAGACUGUACUCUGACUGGAGCAGAGACAGAGAGAGACAUUACAGGGACAGGAGUCAGGAGCGAGAAAGUGAUGGUGAUCGCCAUCGGUACAGACGGGACUACCGAGAUCACCAGCACCAUCGCUCGUACAGGGAUCGCUUGCCUCCUCACAAUCGUUCCUCCAGGGACUGGGACUCUGAACGUCGCUGGGAACGGACUCUCCAUCACCCCAGGGAGCGUGAUCGUGACAGGUGCUCUCACCAUUACCACCACUAUCACCACUACCGGUCCAGAGAGGACUGGGACCGCAGGCAGAGGGGACACGGUUAUCCCAACCGUGAGGAGUCUCACAGUCGCUGGAGGUGGCAGGAGGAGAGUCGAGAAUCCCGGGCGAUGAAGGACAAGACCAACGGCAGGGAGAGGGACUAUUACUCGUCAAAGGAGGAGACUUCCUCGCCCACCACGGCGGCGGAAACCUCAACAAAGUCAAAGGGCUCGCCGCCUCGGGCUCGUCCCUCCUCGUUUGAAUCUGCUCAAAACAGGGAGGAUCAAAAUCACAAGAGGACCUCUGAUCCUCUGAGCAAGGAGAGGGACGAUAGCUCGGAGGCACGUCGCUCUAAGAAACACAAAAAGAGCAAGAAAAAGAAGAAGUCGAAGGAUAAAGACAGACACAGAGAGAGUGGAAGCUCCGACGUGGAUUCAGACCGAGGCACCGAAACAAAAAAGAGGAAGAAGAGAAAGCGGAGGCAGCGGGACAGCGAUGGCGAGCAGCACAGCCCGGGAGCUUCCCGGAGCCACAAGAACAGAAGCAGCGAGGAGAGGGAGAGCCGCAAGCGACGAUACUAUGACACCAAGGACACUAAACACGACAACGGUUUCUCACCAGAAAAAUGCCGGCGAACAGAAUACGCCGAUGGCAGCGGAGACCAUCUACUGCCCACCAACCACACCUCACCCACAAACGGUUCAACUCACCGCCAUCUUAACGGACACACAGGAAACGGUUACAGCCAAGCCAACGGCGACUCCCACGGAUUCUCCAGUGGCUUGAAACAUUGACUACACAUCAACACCAUUUUAACAACAGCAGAGGAAUGACAUCAACAACUUUUUACGUGGUGCUUCUUCAUCGGAAAUAUAUUGUAUUUUUACCACAACUAAAGUGUUUUAAAUGUUCUCAAAUCUUUUUUUUUUAAUUAUUUGCCGCAAAUUCUCCUAACUACAAUUAAAACAAAAACAAUAGAAACAUUCACCUGUUGAACAUUUAUGACGAGAAAUAUUAAUAUAUACUUGUAUGAACACAAACAAAGCCUGGAGCUUAAACAUCUCAGCUGCUGCUCAGUGGAACUCAGGACUUGAAAACUUAACAUCCAUCACGGAUCGUCCGCCUGCUUCAAAUCAGAGUGAAACAAAAGGGAAAUGUGUAGCCUAAGAGGAAAAAACCGUGAGGCUUCACGUUGGCUGCAAGUUUAAGAUGUCACCAUAUCUACAGAGCCGCAAUGUUUUGGAGUUUUUUUUUUUUUGUUUGUUCUUCUUUGAUCCCACUGGGAGCGGACAAACGAAACCGAAGGAGAUACUCACGAACGAGACAGACGAGCACGUUGGUGGGAACAAGGCUUCGCUGACUGAUACCUCCACGUUAACCCUGGACAGACUUGAGGACAUUUCCCAGCUUUUGUUUUUUUUUUCUUUGUUUCCAUUUUGCUCUGAAGCCUAAGAUUCACCCUCUGUCAUUUUUAAACUCCUUCACAAAAACAGAGGUUUCUCUCUCCCCCUUCGCUCACAUUCUUUUUUUUUUUUUCCUUUUUAAAACGUUUAAAAAAAAAGCAUCAGAAAUUUGUUAUUAUGGCUGUGGACCAUUUGUGUUUGCUUUUUAAUGAAAAAUACAGUUUGUGUCUUCUAGCGUCAUAAAAAAAAAAAUACUGUGAAUUUAAUUUUGAACUGUACUAUCAGUUAUUUUUAUACGUAACGAUCCUGUAUCAGGGUUACCCGUAGACAUUUUGUUGAUUUGCUUCGUUUUUAGAAAAAAAAGAAAAGGAAAAAAAAACGUUAAUUUUAACCGUACUCUCCAGACGACAAAAGUCACUGAUGGGUAUGGUCUGCUUUUUGUUUUUUUUUGUUUUUUUCAACUUCAGACAAAGGUUGAAAAACUGCUGUUAUAUCUUUUAGUUUAGCAUGUCAGAAUUUAUACAUUGUAUAAGGUAAAAGCCUUAAAAUACAUUUGUUAA